AUGUUGAACUGUGAUUUGAUUAUGUGAGACAAGUUUUAUAUUAAGCAUAUAACGGCAUUAUGAUGUAGCGUUUUAUAAUUAAAAUAAAUAUGGUUUUGGGCUUAGGUGAGGGCUAGGGCUAAGGCUAAAACUAGAGCUAAAGCUAGAGCUAGGCUGAGGCCAGGACCAGGACCAGGACCAUUUUGGGACUCUGGGCUAGGACCAGGACCAGGACCGGGACCAACACCAGGACCAGGACCAAGACCAGGACCAGGACCAGGACCAGGACCGGGACCAACACCAGGACCAGGGCCAAGACCAAGACCAGGACCAGGACCAGGACCAAGACCAGGACCAGGACCAGGACCAGGACCAGGACCAGGACCAGGACCAGGACCAGGACCAGGACCAGGACCAGAACCAAGGACCAGGACCAAGGACCACGACCAAGGACCACGACCAAGGACCAGGACGAGGACUAGGACCAGAACCAGGACCACGACCAAGGAUCAGGACCAGAACCAGGACCAGGACCAGGACCAGGACCAGAACCAAGGACCAGGACCAAGGACCACGACCAAGGACCACGACCAAGGACCAGGACGAGGACUAGGACCAGAACCAGGACCACGACCAAGGAUCAGGACCAGAACCAAGAUUAAGCCCAAGACCAAGACCAGGACCAAGACCAGGAUCAUUUUGGAGCUCUGGACUAGGACUAGUGUUAGAGUAGUGACCUGUAUUUGCUAUAUUUUACUCUACUGCUACAAACGUCACAACAAACGUAUCGUUUCCACCUUUCCAAGUACGAAUACUGCAAAAACUAUGACUAACCUUCAAAUUCUAAGAACAGUCUUAACUUCUACGUAG